AUGGCACCCAAGCUGUCAGAGGACGAGAUCGACGACCUGAUCUAUCUGGCCCGAGCCGGUCAGGAUGCAGAUCUCACCGACAUGCUGCGGGAGAUCUCCAGCCGUGAUGGUGCGACGCCGGCUGAAAUCCUCGCAGCUGCACGAGACGAGGGAAAGGCCACCUGCUUGCAUAUGGCGGCGGCGAAUGGGCAUGCGAAAACCGUCACACUCAUACUAUCACAUCUGCCAUCCGGCGAGUCAGUGACAGCGGCAACGACAGCCACGUCACAGUCCUCGCCUGAGUCAUCUGCAGAAACGCCAUACAUCAACGUGCAGAACUCCUUCGGCAACUCGGCCCUGCACUGGGCCUGUCUGGGCGGCCAUCUUGAUGUAGUCAAGUUGCUGCUAUCGAGAGGGGCGUCGCCUACCGUGGCCAAUGACAAGGAUCAGAUACCCCUGGACCUGGCGGCGUUCAAUAACCAUAUGCACGUCGUCGAGUAUUUCCUGUCACAAAGCAAGGAUAUUGAGGGGGAUAACGCGAAGGAGGGUGGUCUAGAAAAAGGGGCUCAGGACCUGGAAAUGGCGGAGCGUGCUGGUGAAAAUACGGAUGAGAAUGCAUCUGCCUAA